AUGUUCCCUCAGCCCGAUUCGUCGUGGCUCAAGGACGCCCCGAACGCCACCCCGGUCGGCCCGACGUCGCCGUGGGGCCUCCAGCUCAUCAAGUGGUACCUGUGCAGCGAGCCGAGGUUCCGCGGAGGCGAGCCCGUCGUCCGCGCGCGCGAGAUCUCGACCGCGUCCCUCCUCAGCGGCGUCGCGACGGACCUCAGCGGGCUCGAGCUCAAAUGGGAGACGCGGGAGAUCGAGUACGCGCUCGUGAUGCUCGCCUCGGAGGUGAACGAGGCGGACGAGCCCGUGGGCGUCAUCGAGGAGCUCGAGGAGCUCGACGACGGCGGCGACGACGACGACGACGACGACGCGGACCCGGUGGAUCUGCGGCGAUUCGUCCUCGUCGAGUCGCGGCUGCCGUCGCCGUCGCGGCUGCAGCGCGAGGAGCGAGACAACCGCGCGCCGUCCGCGGAGCAGCUGGCGUACGUGGGGAAGCGGGUGAUGAAGACGUUCGAAGGGCACGGAGACUUUCACGGCGUGGUCGCGUCCGCGCGGUGGCUGCGCGCCGCGGGCGCGGAGGGCGAGGACGACGCGGACGGGUGGCUGUAUUGGAUCCAGUUCGAAGACGGCGACCACGAGGAGCUCAGCGAGAGCGACGUGGAGCUGAUCCUCGCGCGCAUGAAGGCGUUCGAGGACGCCAAGGCGAAGGCGAAGGCGAAGGAGGCGCGGGCGAGGGCGAGGGAGGAGGAGGCGAAGAGGGAGGCGAAGGCGAAGGCGAAGCAGGUGUUCGCGAAUCCGUUGGGGGGCGUGCGACGGGAUCUUCCCGGGUCGCCGGCGCUUCCGCCGCUCGCGGAGGGGGAGAUGGAAGUCCUGUCGCACGUCCUCUCGCCCGAGGUGACGCGUCUGUACAAGGAAGUCAGAGCGCUGUUGGCAGCGAGGGGGAACGAGACGUCGAUGGAGAUACCUCCCGCGCGGAUACUAUCGCCCGUGGACGAGGGGGACGACUACCACCGCCUGAAAGGGAUGCAGGCGCACAAGCAAGUCACGACGCGCGUCGCGAAGGCGAUGCGCGCGGAGGUGGCCGCGUCCGUGGAAACGUUAACGAACGACGUUUCGCGGUCUGAACCGGCGCGCUCGGAGUGGGACCUCCCGCGCGAGCUCGCGUACUCCUCCGACGUGGAGAUGUUCACGGUGAAGAAGUACGACCGACGGGUAGCGCUUCGAGGUCAGCUCGGGGUGCGGUGCAAAAAGGACAAGCGCGCGGCGAUUCCGGCGCGGACGAUAUUAGGUCCGUACGCCGCGUACGUCUGCACGGAAGCCGAGCACGCGGUCAGGAAGUUCCGACCGCCGCCGGGGAGCGGCAGCGGCAGCGGCGGCGCGCGCGGCGACGCCGCGACGCCCGUGGAAGCGCUCGAGGAGGAGCUCAAUCACCUCAUGUUCGAGACGAUGUUCGACAACACGCGCGGGACGGAGGUCGGGGGCGUCAAGAUGCUCGUGGACGCGUACGGCUACGGCGGGUUCGCCGCCGCGGUGAACGACCCGACGAUCGAUCCGAGCGACGGUCCGGAGAGGAUCGCGGAGCCGAACGUCGCGCUCGUGGAGGUUUUGGUCCACGGGUUUCCGUUCAUGAUGCACGUGUCGUUGCGGGCGAUCGAGCCGGGGGAAGAGCUUCUGUGUUGUUACGGUCAGGGGUACUGGGACGCGCACGCGGAGGCGCGGGUACGGAUCGAGCACAUGAAGAAGAGCUGGGAGUCGCUGGGAGUCGACGAGAAGUUGAGGGCGAGGGCGCCCCCGGAGGAGACGCGCGCGAACGGAAGCGCGGGCGGCGGCGGAAAGAAAGCGGGGGUCGCGAAAGACGUCGUCGCGGAGUCGAAGCACGCCGCGGCUGCCGCGAGGGGGGACUCCGCGGAGACGACGACGACGACGACGAAGAAGAAGAAGAAGAAGAAGAAGAAGAAGAAGCCGGGCGAGAUCGUGUGCGUCGACUUAUCGUCGGACGACGACGAGAACGAGAACGCGGCGCCGGCGUCGGCGACGGAGGCCGCUCGCGCUCGCGCUCGCGCCGCGGCGAAACGCGCGAUGUCCGAGAGCGCGUCGAAACCGAAACCGAAACCGAAACCGUCGACGACCCCGGGUUUGAUCGACAGCAGCUCGAUCGACGACGACGCCGAGCCGAUUAUCAUGGACUGGAGAGAGGUCCCGAAGCCAAAAUCGAAACCGCCGCCGCCGCCGAAGACGAUCGGGUUCAGCGCGAGGCGAGCGGCGCAGAAACGUCUGCACGCGGAAACGGAAGCCGCGAUGGCGUUAGGCAAAUCCGGAUCUACCACGGAGAAGAAGAAGCCGCAGAGUAAUCCGUACUUGAACAUCACCGCGGAAGACGUGGACGAGGUGAAGCGUCUGAAGAACGAAAAAGCCGCGCAGCGGAUGACGGCGUUGCACGAAGCCACCGCGAACAAGCGCGCGCGCGUGGCGCCGCUCUCCGGCGCCGGCGGCGCGCCGUCGGCGACCGUGAUGGAGGUCCCGCCGCCGCCUGGAUCGACGACGGGCACGGGCACGGGCGCGGUCGGCGCCGUCCCCCCGCCGGAGCCGCGGCGGUCGCCCGCGAGAGACGCGAACACGGUUGAGUUCAUCGGAGAGGUCCCGCCGCCGCCGACGCGAGCCCGCCCCGUGUUCGCGCCGCCGCCGCAGCCCUUGACGACGGUCCCGCCCGCGCCGCCGCUGUGCUCGCGGUCGGAUUUCAUCGGCAUCCUGGACGACGCGGAUUUCAUCGCGCACGCCGCGCGGGAGCUCGCGACGAUCGCCGCGCGUCGCGCCGAUCCGGAUGAGGUGCGUUCUAUACACUGGUUCCCAUACGACCGCGUUCACGUGGUGGACGCCGAUCCUUAA